AUGGCAACUUAUAAUUUAAAAAUUGAUAUUGGUGGUUGUUUGUUGGGCCGUCAAACAUUUUUGUUCGACCUGGAUGAAGGUGCUUUAGAUUAUAUACAACAAGCUGCUGGUACUAAUGAUUGUAAUCAAAGUAUAAUAGACUUCCUCACUAACUGUGUGGAACAAAAAGUAAUCGAACUCAAUGUGGAAGAACUCAAAACGAAGGACGUUGAUAUUACGGUUUCAAUUCCCAAGAGAAAUAUACAAUUUUCAACUUCAGUUCAGUCCAUAAAUGUGCAAAAUGUCAAUGAGAAUAAAGAUGAAAAUCAUAUUAUGCAAAUACAAAAUAAUAGCCAAAUCAAUACUAAUCAUGUAGAGCCUUUAUCAAACGAGAAUAAUCAUAACAGUUCAUGGACUGAGGGUAUUACAAAGUUUCUGCUAGAAAGAUAUUCUAAGUGGAUGAGCUAUGUAGGACCAAUGAAGAAAUUAAAAAAAAAAAAUUGA